AUGGGGAUCGGGCUUUUGGCGUUGUUCUCGUCGAUAGCUGCGAUGUUGGCUGCUUUUGGUGCGUCACUUCACAUUGUUUUGUCUCGUAAAAUGAGGUGGAUAUUUGCUCUGAUUGGGAUGGUGGCAUAUGUGCCAUCCAUUCUGUUUGUGUUCUUGCAGUUCCCUUUGUUGGUUGAGCUGGUUUUCUCAAGGUUUGGUCCUAGUAUUUUUGGGAAUCAAAGUGAUGAGAUUAUCGCUUGA